UACCGCCGCUGCCGCCGCAUCCCCAGUCGGGAUUUGAAAGAUUAAAAACUACCGGUGGAGAGGGCGACUGCGUUGAAUGUGUGGCGGAAACGCUGGGGGCCACGGCUCGGCGGGGGGCCGGGCAGACGACAGCGUCUCCACACCAUGAAUUACCCGGGCCACGGGUUCCUUCGGAACCCCGAGCCUAACGGCUUGGGCUUGGAUGCGGAGCCGGCGUUCGGCGGCCCCGUCUGCCUCUUCGACCACCUGCCGGGCAGGGACCCGGGCGACGGCGAGGUGCCCCCGGCCCUGCUGCGCGGGGAGACCGGGCUGCAUUUGGCGCCGACCGCGGAAGACCACAAUCACCACCUGGCCCUGGACCCCUGUCUCAGUGACGAGACCUAUGACUUCAGCUCGGCCGAGUCGGGCUCCUCGCUGCGCUACUACAGCGCGGGUGAGAGCGGCGGGGGCGGCAGCUGCUCGUCUCUGCACCCGCCGCCGCCGCUGGUCCCGUCGAACUCGGAGAGCGGCGGGGCGGCGGGAGUGGGGCUCGGCGAAAGGAAGCGCGCCCGGCCCAGUGGCGCGGCCGCCCGACACCGCUACGAGGUGGUGACAGAGCUGGGCCCGGAGGAGGUGCGCUGGUUCUACAAGGAGGACAAGAAGACCUGGAAGCCUUUCAUUGGCUAUGACUCAUUUCGCAUCGAGCUCGCUUUCCGAACCCUACUUGAGGCUACGAGUGGCCGGCCUCAGGCCGAGGACGCGGACGGCGACCGUGUGUGCGGCCUGGCCUCCAGCUCCGGGGAGGACGACGAUGAGGAUCGCAUCUGCGGCUUCUGCCCGCGCACGGCCGGGCACGAGCCCGAGAUGGAGGAGCUGGUGAACAUCGAGCGGGUGUGUGUGCGGGGCGGCCUCUACGAGGUGGAUGUGACCCAAGGAGAGUGCUACCCGGUGUACUGGAACCAGGCUGAUAAAAUACCAGUAAUGCGUGGACAGUGGUUUAUCGAUGGUACUUGGCAGCCUCUAGAAGAAGAAGAAAGUAAUUUAAUUGAGCAAGAACAUCUCAGCUGUUUUAGAGGUCAGCAGAUGCAGGAAAAUUUUGAUAUUGAAAUAUCAAAAUCCAUAGAUGGAAAAGAUGGCAGUGGGAUCAGCUAUUCUGUUGUCUACCACCUCCCUCCCUUCUCCCUCCCUUCUCUGUUCAAAUGGAGAGGAUAUAAGGAGAGUACAGAUGCGACAGGUCUUAAACGAAAGCGUUCCCAAGCUAUUCAUAGUUUUAAGUUGAGUCGAAACCAUGUGGACUGGCACAGUAUGGAUGAAGUAUAUAUCUAUAGUGAUGCAACAACGUCUAAAAUUGCAAGAACAGUUACUCAAAAACUAGGAUUUUCUAAAGCAUCAAGUAGUGGGACCAGACUUCAUAGAGGUUAUGUAGAAGAAGCCACAUUAGAAGACAAGCCAUCACAGACAACCCAUAUUGUAUUUGUUGUGCAUGGCAUUGGGCAGAAAAUGGACCAAGGAAGAAUUAUCAAAAAUACAGCCAUGAUGAGAGAGGCUGCAAGAAAGAUAGAAGAAAGGCAUUUUUCCAACCAUGCAACACAUGUUGAAUUUCUGCCUGUUGAGUGGCGAUCAAAACUUACUCUUGAUGGAGACACUGUUGAUUCAAUUACUCCUGACAAAGUACGGGGCUUAAGGGAUAUGUUAAACAGCAGUGCAAUGGACAUAAUGUAUUACACUAGCCCACUUUAUAGAGAUGAACUAGUUAAAGGCCUUCAGCAAGAGCUGAAUCGAUUGUAUUCCCUUUUCUGUUCUCGGAAUCCAGACUUUGAAGAAAAAGGGGGUAAAGUCUCAAUAGUGUCACAUUCCUUGGGAUGUGUAAUCACUUAUGACAUAAUGACUGGCUGGAAUCCAGUUCGACUCUAUGAACAGUUACUGCAGAAGGAAAAAGAGUUGCCUGAUGAGCGAUGGAUGAGCUAUGAAGAGCGACAUCUUCUUGAUGAACUCUAUAUAACAAAACGCCGGCUGAGAGAAAUAGAAGAACGGCUACAUGGACUGAAGACAUUGUCUGUGACACAAACACCUGCCUUAAAAUUUAAGGUUGAGAAUUUCUUCUGCAUGGGAUCCCCACUAGCAGUUUUUUUGGCACUGCGUGGCAUCCGCCCAGGAAACUCUGGAAGUCAGGAUCAUAUUUUGCCCAGAGAUAUUUGCAACCGAUUAUUAAAUAUUUUUCAUCCAACAGAUCCAGUGGCUUAUAGGUUAGAACCAUUAAUACUGAAACACUACAGCAACAUUUCACCUGUUCAGAUCCACUGGUAUAAUACUUCCAAUCCUCUACCUUAUGAGCAUAUGAAGCCAAGCUUUCUCCACCCAGCAAAAGAACCUACCUCAAUUUCAGAGAAUGAAGGCAUUUCAACAAUACCAAGCCCGGUGACCUCGCCAGUCUUGUCCCGCCGACACUAUGGGGAAUCUAUAACAAAUAUAGGCAAAGCAAGCAUAUUAGGGGCUGCUAGCAUUGGAAAGGGACUUGGAGGAAUGUUGUUCUCAAGAUUUGGACGUUCAUCUACAUCACAGCCAUGUGAGACAUCAAAAGACUCAGUAGAAGAUGAGAAGAAACCAGUUGCCUCGCCUCCUACUACCAUUGUGGCAACACAGACCCUUCCACAGAGCAGCUCUGGCUUUCUUGAUUCUGCAUAUUUCAGACUUCAAGAAUCGUUCUUUAAUCUCCCACAACUUCUUUUUCCGGAAAAUGUAAUGCAGAAUAAAGAUAAUACCCUCGUGGAAUUGGAUCACAGAAUUGAUUUUGAACUCAGAGAAGGCCUUGUGGAGAGCCGCUAUUGGUCAGCUGUCACGUCGCAUACUGCCUACUGGUCCUCCUUGGAUGUUGCCCUCUUUCUUUUAACCUUCAUGUACAAACAUGAGCACGAUAAUAAUGCAAAACCCAAUUUUGAUCCAAUCUGAACUCUUGAACGACAAUAAUGGCCCAAAACUUAUUUUUUCUGUUAAAAUAUAUGUGUCAAGACAGGAGAUUUCAGGUUUAAGUAUGUUUCAUUUUUAUUUAGGGCAAGAAAUAUUUGCAUUUAAAAGCACUUUAUGUAAAAAAAAAAACUUUUUUCCAGUCUGAAAGAAGUUAAUUAUAGUCUUCAGAAGUCAUUUUAAUUACUUGUCUGACAGAAUCCCCUGCAGAGAAUCAAGCAAGACCUGGAAGUAAGGAAGGUUUGGAUGAACUGCAAAGUUAUAAAAUACAGUCUAAUUUCUCUCAAAUACAAAGGCAUACUAAUGGGUUGAAUCUUUGAAUCUAUCAACCAAAGUAUGUUUUAAAUCUAAAAUGGUCAAGGUCCAGUGUAGUCUAUGUAAAGAUCAUGAGGUGGAAUCAUUGUUUUAGUUCCACAAUUUCUUUGAAAGAAUAUAACAAAUGUGAAGUGUUUGGAGUUUAACUUGUUUAGAAAAACUAAUUCUAAAAAAGAAACAAUAUUUGAACUACUGUAUUUAUAAUUUAUUACCUCUAAUUGCUUUAUUUCAAUAUACGAAACAUUACUUUUUUUUAAUGUUUCUUUGAACAAUUUAAGAACCACAUUUAUUUUCUAUAGUGUUAAGACCCCUUUUUCUCAACUCCAUCUUUGUACUCUUCAGAUGAAUAUAUAGACACUGUGGCAUACUUUCAGUAUUUUUUUUUCAUUAAAAACUGGUUUUCACACAAAUAACACUAGUUCAAUUAUUUUGAAAAAAAUGAACUUUUUAUUAUGUCACAUGUACCUCAGAGAAAGCUAAAGUGUUCUAAACUUGACACAAAGUGCUCCAUAAUGGCUGAAUUUCAUUAACUUUAUUGGAAAAUCAGUAAACUGCUUUGGAGUAGUGAGUAUGACAGCUAUUUUAAAUGUAUAAACGUCUGUGUGCCAAACAUUUAACAUAUAUAAAAGGAUGGAAUGCCACUAACAAAUUUUAUUUCUAAAGUGUGUAAGAAAACAUGAUUGUGAUGUAAGGCUCAAUAGGUCAGGAUUCCAAGGCAUUGGAAGGAUUUUCCUCGGCUGUAAUUGUUUCCACAGUGCUUUUCAUCUGAGGAGCUCAAAGUGCUAUAAGAUUCAGUAAUCUAUGUAGUAGCUCCUUGAGGUAAGUAAAUGAGUGUUAUUCUUGUGGUACAUAUUAAUAUGCUAAGGCACCAAAACAUUUAAAGUGCCUUGAAUUAGAUAACAAAGCACAUCAGGAGAGCUCAAAUUGAAGCUAGACUUUUAUAUGCUGUUCAGUGACUGAUAAUUCACAUGUGACCUCUCAGUAGUUUGCAAAUAAUAAUAAUGGGAGUUACAGUUCAUAACUUGGAGAAAUAACUGUGCAGCUAACAUUUUACCGUGCUUGACUUACAAGUUCUUGGGUUCUCACACACAGAGGAGGAGUACUUAGCAGGGAUCAUUAGCUGUUUCCGCACCAGGCCUCACUUCUGAGUGGCUUCCACUAGCUUCCACCUAAGGUGCUGUCUUUGCUUAUCCUGUGAGGAAUUUUUUAGCUUCCCAGUAAUCACCAAACUGGGAGCAAAGUUGGUCAGCUACUCCUUUCUUUACCUACUCCUUUCUUUAGAGUAGGAUCUGUGGCUUACUUGCAGGUUUUAUGCAGCACCCAGUCCUUUUGUUCAUUUUGGCCUUUCAUUGAAUUUGCACAACAUAAAACACUUUUUUUAGUGCUUAAAAAGAUCCCAAGGCUCCAUGACCAAAUAUGUGACUCACGAAGAAACCCUUGCUAUAAAAGGCUUUUGAUGAGAUCUUAGCAAGCUGAAGCAAUCUUUUGAAUUUGAGAUUCCUGUGAACUCAGGUCAUUUUCAUACCUUGUUUAUUACGUAGGUCUAAUUUAGUUCUCAGGAAAAUUAAACACCUGUCUCAUAUGACCAUAUCAUUAAAGGUACUUGAGCAUAUGUUGCUCUACAUGACACUCAGAUGCCUAAGAACUUUGAGGAACUCAUUCUUAACUGCUAGAAUGUGAGGAGCCAUUCUCACUUGAGAAGACUGAAAACCUAGCAAACCUUUUAAUUUGAGUAAAAAGAAAAGUGUGCUCCCAUAACUAUAGGAAUAUAUCUGCUUCCCUUUCUUCAUAGUGAGAAAACAAAAUCAAGUUUAGCCACAUGGAAUUUAUUUGAAUUCUUGAGAAGAGUAACAUUCAAAACUCCCUUUUCAAAAUAUCCUGGAUUACUAGACAUGUUUAUUUUCAAUUCAUUAUUUCAUCAAUAGAGAUGGUGAUUUUGAUUUUACAGUACUCUUAUUUCCAUGUCUCUGCAUGUUAUCAUGGAAUGUACUUGUAUAUACUCAAGUAAUAUACAGAGUAUGUGUAAUUCUGGCUUGAUUUAGAAGCUAAGUCAGUUACUGAGUAACAUUUUGCAACUUUAUUCCCGUAAGUACUAAAUUGGCCAAAAAGUUCUGAUUUUGAUACCAUUAAAAGUUUAUUCUCUA